AAUCAGUCCGGGCCAUCAAGCCAUGUACCGACAUUUCGUAAAGUUUGUGCACGUUGGCGCAAGCACGCCUUUUAAGUGAACGGAAUGCAAUUCGAACGAGCAGCUCCAUGUUCAUUUCCACGAACCGGCGACGUCCCUUUUGCGGCCAGCGAAGAUGCAGAUGGCACCGUAGACCUCGUCGGAGUUCUAGCGACACUUGUUGAAAGACUACUCGAAAAUAAGCUACAUCAUCAAAUCACUAAAUUCCAUGCUUUGAGACCGCCCCAGAUAACUAUCAAAGCAUAUCUUGAGCGAAUUGAGAAAUAUGCUAACUGUUCGCCGAGCUGUUUUGUCGUAUCUUUGAUAUAUAUUGACCGGCUUUGCCAGCACUCUUUCAUGACUCUAUCCCUACUUAACGUUCACAGAAUUCUCAUAACAGCAGUAUGCGUCGCAGCAAAGUUUCUUGACGACUCAUAUUACCCGAACUUGUUCUACUCACAACUUGGUGGGAUUCCGCUCAAAGAACUAAAUAAUCUAGAGGUUGAGUUUCUUUUCGGGAUUAAUUUCACAUUGCACGUCUCACCGCAUGAAUACCGCCGUUACUAUUCUGGUCUCAAUCCCCAAUCCCCUGGCAUUAUGUAACUUCUAUCAUUUGCAAGAGCUUGUCGUGCGUGGAGGAAUGCCGUGUGCUUUUACUUGAACGGUUGCAAAAAUGGUAAAAGGAAUGGCUCAGUCGGAUUUUGGAGCCAUGCGAUUUUCCGGCUCUCUAUUUUUGUUGCAAAGGUAUGAGAACUCGUCGCUACCAGUAGGUCCCGAUCCGACUAUGUAAAGUGCAGCAGUCGCCUCAAUGCAGGAAUAGAGGAGCCGACGCUCCCAGGAGGGCGCGCCCGGGCCAGCGCGACACAGUGACCACAGAACAGGGCACAAUUCAGGCGCCGCCUGGAAAUGUAGUAGCACUGGCAGCGGGCGCGGGGCGCUGGCGCGGGGGGGUUGAAAACCCCAAGUGCCAGGGACGCGAUCCGACCACAAGUAGCGACAUAAAGGCGCGCUACUUUU